AUGUACUUCUCCGUUAUCAAUACAGUCACCGCCGUCUGCCUCGCUCAAGUCGCUUCAGCAGCAUUCUGGCAAGAGUUUUCUGGCGCGGGCUGCUCCGGUGCCCCGUUCUUCAACGGCGGCUCGUGCGGUGGUCCCCAGCAAUGCGUCACACUUGGUGGCGAGUCCGUUGCGAUCCAAACGAGCUUUGGAGUGCCGUGCUCCGUGCCGUUCUUUAACGACACUACGUGCGGUACCAGUGGAGGAUCCAUCAUCGACCGCUUUGGAGCCGGGUGCAUCGACUUCUCCGAUUUGCCAUCCGGCACAGGCAGUUUCCUGUUCGCCUGCUCCACCUGA